AUGUGUUCCUCCUUUCUAAUGUGUCGAUUUUACAUGUGUUCGACACAUCUGAAUGUGUCGAAUCUAUGUCAUCGUGUGCCUGCUCAUCUGGCCAACUUCAGUUUCUUUUUUUUUAUUACAAGUCCCCCUGUCCAAGUCCUUCUGUACCCAGGUAAAUGGCAAUAUAAUAUGUAUUCCUUAUCUACGAGAAACACUUUACAUGGGAAGGUAAUAGUAUAUAGAAGUAGGAAGUAUCAACGUAGGAGCACCACGUCUCCCCUUCAAUAA